AUGCAGGUCAUCAAGUUCUGGUUCUCCCUGCUCGUCCUUGCCGUCUCCGUUCUUGCGGCUGAGGCACCCACGGAGCUCCAGAUUGAGACCACUUACAAGCCUGAGGAUUGCUCCGCCAAGGCUGAGCACGGUGACCAAAUCAAAGUCCACUACACCGGAAAGCUUUUCUCGAACGGAGAGAAGUUUGACUCGAGUCUCGAUCGGGGCAAGCCUUUUGGCAUCAAACUCGGUGUUGGUCAGGUCAUCAAGGGAUGGGACGAGGGCCUUAAGGGGAUGUGCGUCAACGAGAAGCGCACCCUUACCAUUCCUCCUGACAUGGCAUAUGGUUCUCGCGCCAUUGGCCCUAUUCCUGCUAACUCUGCCUUGGUCUUUGACGUUGAGCUUUUAAGUCUGGAGAGCUCCCGCAAAGACGAGCUUUAG